ACAGAUUUGAAGUAUUGUCAGAUCAUUGAAAGUAGUAGGUAGUUACGUUUGUAUGUCUUUAUAGAAGUCUAUUCUCGUCUUCGAAUGAUCCACUGUUAUUCAUAGGUUUAGACCAAACGUUUGACGUAACAAACGCAAAAUUCAUUUUUAUUCCGAUUGAACAAAAAUAGGAGACCACCUAUCUUCAUUUACUCGGAAACUGAUUUCCUUAAUAAUAUAGGUGCGAAACUUAUAUCUUAAGAACUCAGAAAUCCUUCCAAUAAAAACUAGCAGCGUUUGAGUAACCGUUGUACAGCAGGAAGAUCCUCUAACCUAAGUUUAGUAAUUAUCACUAUUUACAAACGAAUCAUUAUUUUAAGUGCAUUACUAAGUGGGUGUUCCUAUAUUCCUGCUUGAUAACACUUUUGUCGUGCAUCUUGACGUAUUCUUUGAUCUUUUUCAAAUUUCAUUGCAUCCAACUCACCCAGCAUAAAGCCAAAACUGUUUAUGUCACUUGUCAACGAAUUUUCAGCAAUCAUUCAGAUACUACAUUGAUAAGUCAUUUCCAUAAAACUCUGUAUGUCUGAGUAUACAGUAUGAGGUUUAUUCGCCUGUCCACUUAAAUCUGUUUCAUAUUAUUUGCAGUUGUAAUAAAUGAUUGUAUUUGACUUAAACGUGAUUAAGCGGCUCUCUCAUGAGGUUCAAGGAGUAUGUUUUCGCAGUGCAGAAUAAAAAAGCCUAGGGAAUUUCUUUCAAUAUCCCACACCAAUGCAUUAUCAAUUUAAUAAAUCUACUUCACCCACUUACUUUUCAGUUUCUCUUGUAAAAAAGAUUCACAAGGAAACGCAUCAUAUUUCACAAUCACACCUUGAGUUUCAAUACAAAAUGGCUGCAAAUCAAGAUAUUAUCAAAACAUCGUCACUAUUUUCUGAUAAAUCUAUGAGCCUAAAAGAAAGUCACAGAUAUAUUUUAUCAACGCUAAAUGAUCAUACACCUAUACGAUCAUUUGAUGGCAGUUUUUCUGUUAAUCGUAAUAAUAAGAAUCAAAUAGGAUAUUUUACACCUUGGUCACCUAUUGAAGUUACAUUCUCUGAAUGUACAUCUCGAGGCAAUUCCAUUUAUACUGCCGAAUCAAAUAUACAUGAAGAUAUAGUCAGGAAAAUGAGUUUACCUAACAAUAUUACAGUUAACAAGACUGAUAAUCCUCUUGAUUAUUCCAUACAUUCCCAUUUUAUUGAUCAUCAGUGUUUAACAUCUACCAGUUCGAAAGUAACAGAUCCUCAGCAAUCAAAUUACAAUCGCACUUCAUCACUCGAAUUUUCAAACAGCUUCAAAUUUAAUAAUAACAAUACAUCUUCCUUAAGGAAAUCAGAAUGCACUUCCGAUCCAGUUGUAUGUUACACUACAAAUAAUGAAACUGAUGGUGGACGUUUAUCAAAACGAAAGUAUUCUAAAAACCAUUCUAGUGUAUCUAGGAAAUACACUGGAAAAUAUAUAAAAGCAGGAAUCAACAAGAUUACUGGCCUUAAUCAACCUAAUGCAAUCAGUAUUCCUAUCAGUAAUAAUAAUACACAUAUCAAUGACAGGUUUGAGGUUAUUCACGCUCAUGCGAUUAAUCAUUCAUUAACACAUAAUUUACUGAAGGAGACAUGUUCUUUAAAUCAAAAUACUGUAAAUGAAGAUGGGAAUUCAAUAAAUGGUAAAAAAUCGAAAUUAGAUAAAAGUUGUCCCACACUUGAAAAAAAUAGCGUCAACAAACAAACAAUAGAUAUGACUUUUUAUUCCACUCCCAAAGACAGCCCAUGGAACAAUGACGAAGAUGAAGGUAAAACUAACAGUGAUAAUCAAAACAAUGUGAAAAAUACUGUUGUUUCAACAGGAGCUUAUAAAUACUUAUCAUGGCGUGAAAAAGAUCGUAGACGAAGGUUUCGUGAAGAAUGGAAACAUUUAUGGCUUGUUAUACCACAUGGACUUCAUGAAGUUAUGUGCCUUAUUUGUCAUAAAGUUAUGACUCAAAGAAAAUUAGAUACAAUAAAACGUCAUGUUGUUAGAAGACAUCCAGAAUUAUUAAAAAUGUAUGAUCAUGAUAAAAGAGAAUUAUUUAAUCAAUUAAUUAAACAAUCUAAUUUAAUAGAUCAUACAAACAUUAAUUCAAUCAUAAAUAAUCCAUGUAAAUUCAUACAAAAAUCCAAUGAUUCAUAUAA